AUGCAGCCCCGAACAGCAGCGAGCCGAGGCUCGACGACGGCCAUCGAUGAGGUGCCUUGGCCGCGCCAAAUGGCUCUGGAUGCGUUGAAGGCGCGGCGUCGCUGUGACUACAAGUUCCAGCUCGAGUACCGCACACGAUGGAGCGACAAUGACAUGUACCACCACCUCAACAACAGCGUCUACUACUAUCUGUUCGACAGUGUCGUCAACACGUACCUGAUCAAGCACUGUUCCCUCCACCCGCCCACCUCUUCGCAGAUUGGCCUGGUCGUGCAUUCGCACUGCGACUACUUUGCGCCCACCGAGUUCCCAGCCGUGAUAGACCUCGCCCUGAGAGUCAACAAGCUGGGCAAGAGCUCUGUCACCUACGAGAUAGGCGUCUUUGAGCGGGGUCAAGACGAGGUGAAGGCUGUUGGCGAGUUCAUCCAUGUCUUCGUCGACCGCGACAGCCGGAAGCCAGGCAAGCCAGGCAUGGCUGACGCGCUGAAGCAGGGCUUGCAGAAGAUCCAGACAGACAAGGCGAAACUGUAG